CUUUUUUUAGGUAAGAUGGCCAGAAGCAUCGCCGCCCGUCGAAAUAAGUAAGAGAACGGGAAAACUCUCCUCCUUGAGACGUCCCCUUCUUGAAACCCUUCGCAUCGCCUUCGAUCGAUCGCGAGGACAGGCUGCUCCAGCGAACGCUGCUCCAGAUCAGAUCCCUCUAUUCUCCUACUUCCGUCCUCCUUUCCAGUCGAUUUUCUCAUCAAAGCUUCUGUCGCUGAGCGUUUUCGCUCCCCCAAAAAUCGAUCUCUGCGUUUUUCGAGGGUUCCAACAAAUCCGAUUUUUGCUAGUGUUUUUGUCCCACUGUUUUUGGUCUUUCUCGUUCUAUCCCUCUGUUAAUUUUGUUGAUCCGACGCGAUUAGGAGGAUUAGGGUUUGGAGAUCUGUUUGAUUCUUAACUUCCUGGGUACCGGUUGCUAGGGUUUCGAUUUUGCCCGCUUUCUUCCUCGAUUUCUAGAGUUUCGCUCGUUCCUCCGUUUUCUAGUGUUCUAAUGGGGGCGAGUCGGCACGGGGGCUACAGAGACCAAGAAUUUAGGGACCGGGAAUCUGAUGUAGAGGUCUCCAGGAGGAAGGAUUAUUAUCUGGAUCGGUACCGUGAUGGGGACCGGGACAGGAACCAUGGGCGGGAUAUCCGGGACAGGGUUAGGGAUAGGCAGAGGGACACCAAGAAAAGGGAUUCUUUGAAUGGGUACCACCGUUCUCCCUUGAGCACUGGCAAUUCGAGUGGUAGCGGUGGGAACGAGCAGAAGCGGAGCCGGCUCUCGGGGAGGUUGGUUGAUCGGGAGCCUGGGGAGCUGUCGAGUGGAAGCGGAUCCGAUGACCGUGAGGCUCCUGAGUUGCAGGUUAGAGAUAAUGGAAGUCAGGGCAAGGAAAAUGGGGCUCUGCCCUCGCCAAGCAGAAAGAGGAAGUUUUCACCAAUUGUGUGGGAUAGGGAUGAUAACAACCAAUCUACUGUUGUGAGUUCCAGAAACAGAAACGACCCACAAGCACCUGCCGCUCUUGCUCCACCUCUUCCACUGCCCCGCGGAUAUGUCCCACAUAAUUUGCUUGAGACAGUUCGGCAGUCCAUGAAGCAGCAGUCACCGGUAGAUGCGAGGGUCUCCAUUGAUUCACCCCACGAUCAGCAGUUGAGUAAUGAUCAUGAUCCUGGGCAGAUGGAGGAUGAGGAUGAGGAGUACCACACAGCAAGGAACAUCUCCACUUCACGAUGGGCAAAUGGGAACAAUGAGUUGGAUGAUGAUGAAGCUAAAUUAUCUGAUGGCGCGGUUGUGCCCAAGAGGAAGAAAAAUACCCCUGUGGUUGAUACACUGGACCAGAAAUCACAUAAGAAGGUGCUGAGUCCUGAGCCUGGAGAGGUUGUUAUGAGAGAAGGUUCUGAAGGGACGGCAUCCAAAUCAUCUGUAUCUGGGGGAGACCACAGGGAUGAGUAUCAUGGAGUUGAGGUAGAUAGGAAUGAUUAUAUGGAUAUUGACAUGGAGGCGGUUGAUGGGGAUGCAUCUGGUCAUUUGUCAGAGACUGAUUCUGAGAUAGAGGGUGCUAGGGCUGAAACCCCAGAACCAGUGCAAUCUCCCCAAAGAUGUAUAGACAUGCUACAAGGGUGUAGAAGUGUUGAUGAGUUUGAGAGGCUGAACAAGAUCGACGAAGGCACUUAUGGAGUUGUGUACAGAGCAAAGGAUAAGAAGACUGGUGAAGUAGUGGCAUUGAAGAAGGUGAAGAUGGAGAAGGAGCGAGAGGGCUUCCCGUUGACCUCUUUGAGGGAAAUUAACAUUUUGCUGUCGUUUCACCACCCUUCAAUUGUGGACGUCAAGGAAGUUGUUAUGGGCAGCCUUGAUAGUAUUUUCAUGGUUAUGGAGUACAUGGAGCAUGAUCUCAAAGGGCUGAUGGAGGCAAUGAAGCAGCCAUUUAGCCAGAGCGAAGUUAAGUGCUUAAUGCUUCAGUUGUUUGAAGGUGUCAAGUAUCUCCAUGAUAACUGGGUACUUCAUAGGGAUCUGAAGACGUCAAAUCUUCUUCUGAAUAAUCGUGGUGAGUUGAAAAUAUGCGACUUUGGUCUGGCUCGCCAGUAUGGGAGCCCAUUGAAGCCAUAUACUCAUUUGGUUGUGACUUUGUGGUACAGGGCACCAGAACUUCUAUUAGGAGCAAAGGAAUAUUCAACUGCUAUUGACAUGUGGUCAUUGGGUUGCAUAAUGGCUGAACUUUUAGCCAAGGAACCAUUAUUCAAUGGAAAAACUGAGUUUGAUCAACUUGACAAGAUAUUUAGAACACUCGGUACACCAAAUGAGAAGAUAUGGCCUGGGUUUGCUAAAUUGCCUGGCGUGAAAGUUAACUUUGUUAAGCAGCCGUAUAAUAGGCUGCGGGAGAAGUUCCCACCUACAUCAUUUACUGGUCGUCCAACCCUAUCUGAAGCCGGUUUUGACCUGUUGAACAAACUACUAACUUAUGACCCAGAGAAGCGGAUAACAGCAGAAGCUGCCCUUGAGCAUCCCUGGUUUAGUGAAGUUCCUUUACCAAAGUCAAAGGAAUUUAUGCCGACAUUCCCUGCUCAACAUGCCCAAGACAGGCGGCUGCGCAGAAUUAUGAAAAGUCCUGAUCCGUUAGAGGAGCAAAGGAGGAAGGAAUUACAGCAAGGGGAAUCAGGGACUGGCAGCAUUUUUGGUUGAAUCAAUCAAUGUGUGGUUGCACCUGAAUGCUGAACUGCUACUUGUGCUCCAUCAAGAAACACUGUCCACUAAUUUUUUUGAGGUGAGAGGAAUGUUUUCAACGCGAUGUUCCACAGCUUGUGUUAGUAUCAGGCGACAAUUGAUGCCAUUGUUUAGCAGGCAACUUGAUGAUUUGGGUGGAGAUAAGAUACUUUCUUCUUUUCUUCCAUCAAACAAAUUCUGUUGCAGGAUUCUUUUGUUCCUCGGGAUCAAUGAUCAUAAAAAGUUCUUCGUUUUAUGCAGCCUGCAUUGCAAGGUGUGGCAUAUUGGCUUUUAUUUGCUAGGAUCAGUUUCAUUUGAAACUUGUGUUUGUAACAUAUUUCUCAUUGGCACAAUUGUAACAAUGCUCGAAAUGCUGGAUUUAAAUAACAGAAAUUUAUGGAUAUAUUGCCUAUAAUUUUAGUGCUGUUUCUUUUGAUCUUCACAUUGUGUUUGCAAGAUACGAAUGGUGUGAAGCGGAUGGGGCAUUCUUAGCUUUCAAUCCUGGAGAAAUAGUUUGAAAGAAUUCCAGUAGAAAGUUUAAGCUAUGGCUUCUGCAAAAUAUGGAGCUUGAUGGCUCUGACUUGAAAGUAGUAUGCAUAGAAAUUUCCUAUGGUCCUUUAAUCUGCUUGUCUGUCAUGCUUCUCUGUGAUUCUGGAAAUGUGAUGUUAUAAGAUGCACAUGCGGGAGACUUGAUCUAAUGGUCUUAUAAUUCUGAUUCCUGUUUCAUUUAAGUUGUAAUUUCUGUUAAGAUGCUUAAAGUUUUGGUGGUAUUUGAUUUUUCUUGACAGUAAUAUUGGGAUGACACUGCUGUAUCAAAAACAUCUAACUGAAGGCAUACAAGAUUAUCAGGAUAGUCACUGAGAAAUACCUAAAAUCCAGUUUGCAUUUUUGAGAUAUCAAUAGCAGAUUUGUGAGCAAUUUUAUUUUACUUGAUUAGUUAUACAUUGGAGGAAUGCUUCUAUGUAGGUGUGUGUAUAAUAGUAUCUUCUUGACCAAGAGCCUUACGAUAAUUACAUGAUCCAUUUAGUGAGAUGUGCACAUCAGUGGUUAUCUUUCAGGUUCACAGUUUGUGCACUGCUAUGCGACAUUCAUGGCUGUGCUGAUCAAGCCUUCCUCUUUAUAUGUUGAUUCUCUCAAAGUAUUGAGAUCAUUGUUUCAUUAAUUAAAUUUUUGUCAUCUUGAUCUACAAAAUACUGAGAAUAGUGUUUUUUUUAAGUUCCUCAAUUAGAUUUCUUUUGUUUUUUGAUAUCUUAGUAUCCUUUUAGUUUCUUGUCCUGAAAUUAUUAUCAAACAUGGAGAGCGGUAGGCUGCUAUAUCUUGUUAGAAACAUUGUUUCUGCUUUAGUCAUGAUUAGUUUCCUCACAGUAUUCUUGCCCACUAUAUGUGGAGACCAUUUGUCUUAGAGCGCAUGAAGUCGUUUUUUGUGGCUAUAUACGAGUAUUGCCUGGUUAUAUCUUUUAAAUUAAUAGAGAUUAUGCACAGCCUAUGCUAUGCAUAUAUGCUAUUUGUUUACCCCAAGUUAAUAAGUUAUCGGGUGAUGUAGUUGUAAGAAUUAACACGCUCUACUUAAGAUUCUUAGCGUAUGUUCACAAAAUAAGAGAAACAUUGCAAGUGUAGAGAAUAUUCUAUGGAAGAAAAAUGUUAGUUGUAUCAAUAAAUACGUAGACCACAGUAUGCUAUCAUUUAGAGAGUUUUAUAUUUUGUAAUUUGUUCCUUAUAUAUUAUUUGGCAAUGCAAAGAAAAAUGUAGAUAUUGGAUAAGGAAAUGCUGGUAGUAAGGAACAAAGCAAAGACUGUCUAGACGAAUGGAUAAGGAACAAGGCAAAGACUGUCUGGACGAAUGGAUAAGGAACAAGGCAAAGACUGUCUAGACGAAUGGAUUCUUUCUUAAUGUUAUGUUGUUAGAAAAGUUCAUUUUUGUUAGACUAGCUAGAAAUGAGUAUAUUGCGUUCAAAAACCAUCUAUCUAGUAGACAAUAUUAAUUAGUCAAUGCUGAAGUUGCUGGUGACAUUGUUAUAAAGCUAGCUCUGGUAAAUUUUUUUCUAUUAUUUUCCUCCAUAAGUCUCUCUUUUAGCAAUAGCUUGCAUGAUUUAUCUUCUUUUGAAACUAAUUAUAGCAGGAAAAUAAUGAUAAAAAUGAAUGAUAGUUGAAUUAUAGUGUUUGACUUUUAGAACUUAUUAUAAUAAGGAAAUAGUGGUUAAAAAAAGAGUUGUAAGGAUCCCUAUCAUCCUGAGCAUGAGAUCUUCAUUGAUCUACACGAAGCACUGGUAAGAAAUUUUUGUGUAUAAGAAUUAUGUAAACUCGAAAUUCUCCUAAAACUUCUGACUAAAUGCUUAAAGAGGACUCCUAAUCUUACUCUGCAAUUCUGAAAGAUGGGUUUAACAUUAUAAUGGGGAACACAUUUGAUUGUCACUGUACAGGACUGAUAAAGGGCCUGAAUUGAACCGUAGUUGUGCUAGGCUGGGGUAGACAGGAUUUGGGUUAUAUACUUAGCCAGUCUGGAAUUUUAGGCCUGUAUUAGAUUUGGUGGGUGUGGUUGCACUAUGCUGAGCCCUAAGCUUAUAUAUUCCUGUUAUAACCAAUAAAUGACCAUCUAGCCUCGUCCAAACUAUUUUCAAUCAGCUUUAUGAAUCUCAUUUGCCAAGCAUUCUUAGUUAGGGUCACCUUGAUGUUAUGUCAAACUUCUUAGCUUAUGUCUUCCUCUCCUUACCCAUCACACAAAUUGAAUUACCAUUCAUUAGCUUAAUCAAUUCUGUAUUACUUAGUUGUUAAUAUGUGCAAUUCUUGCAGCUCAAUGUACUUCUUUCUCACUUUAUCCUUUCUAGUCAGAACACCCAAUCAUUUGAAGUUUUGAAGCUUCUUAUUUCUAUUAAACUCAACUUGUUUUCUUGGAUCCUUUUUAUUUACUGAUAUUUUGAGUUGUCCAACAUACGAUUUAGCCAUUCUAUGGAAUUCCCUUUAAGUCAAGAAGUCAUACAUCAAUAAAAAAUAUGACAAUGUUGUAAAAGCACUUCUUCACAUCAUUCAACCAGCUCCUAUUCUGUUUCGGCAUCUCCAUUUUUUUGUAUAAUAUAACAAAACUGAUUAUAUGAAUUUGCUGUUGUCUGCUAAUAUAUUUACCAUAAAAUUGCAUUCCUUAUGCUCUGUCUUUGUUGUGCUUAUUUAUAUGCCCUUGCUUUCUAAAUCUGUCACCCAUAAAGUCAGUGUUACCAGGACAUGGCUGUAUUGGGGUUUUUGCUGUCCCAACAUGGACACAAACCAAUGCUCAUGACUUGCAUGGCUCACACUGUAGACACGAUGCCAUGUUUUGCUCCUAGUCUUUUGAAGGUUUAGCAAAAAGAGAAACUGCUGGGGGGGGGGGACGAAGGUGAGGGAGAGUGUAGAGAUGUCAGUGAGAAACCUCUUCCUCUCCAUCUCCAAUGCUUCCUCAUAGAUCUGAUCUUUAAAGACUAGAUCCCCAUUUUGGGGUGGAAGGGAACAACUCAUCCUAGAGGUGACUGAUUUCUCCUCCAUGAUGAUUUGAGCUAGCGUUUUGUGAGAUUUUGGGUUGAGACAUCAUAGAUUGUUAGGGCUGCAAACGGCUUAGGUCGGGGUUAGCUUUUUGUGAAGUUUUGAGAUGAAACAUCAUAGAUUGUUAAGGCUGCAAACGGGUCAGGUCGAACCAAGGUUCGCCGUACCGGUACCAGUAGGCGUACCGGUUGCCUACCGGACCGGUACGAUUCUUCUUCUCUUCUUCUUCUCCGGCUUCGGCUGGGUUCGGUCCUGUACCGAUUUCAAGCUAGACCGGUCCGAUACGGCCUGAACCGGCUGGUAUGGGCCGGUUCGACAAACCUUGGGUCCAACUGACCCCAACUUGACCUGAUUUCAAGUGCGGGUCUUGAUAUUGGAUAGGGACCCAAGCUAAUAGAGGAUCAGGUUGGGUCUGGUCGGGUCCAUGGAACAUUUAGACUCAACAGAUUGUCUGGGUCGGGUCGGGGUCAUGUAUGGCCUGGACCCAACCAAAAAUAUUUGGUUUUGGGUUGGGUGCAGGUCCACAUUUGUUCGCUAACAAGAUUUCUUGAAGAAAAUUUUAUUCUUAUUUCUUAUUCAAACUGAAUUUUGACUGUCAGAAUAUUGCUCGCUAACAUGGUCAAAAUUUUACGAAUUAAUAUUUAUCUAGAAUCGCAAUCUGCUUCAAGAGGUUAAUAACCUCAACAAUUGGCCUUCCUUAAUGUAGUGAGCUUUGUUUGAGCGCUUUUCUCUUAAUAGAGGCAAAGAAGAAAUGAUUUGGAAUAUAUUGGGUUAGGUCGGGUUGAGUCGGGUAACUAAUAGGAAGACCCAAAAUAGAUCUAUAUAUCGUACGGAUCGGGUCGGGCCAAGUCAAAGUUUAUAAAAACCAGACCCGACCCAAAAUGUGGAACGGGUCUCAUAUUUGAACUUGACCCGGCCCCACGGGUUUUGAAGAAUGGGUCGGGUCGGGUCUAGUCAUGAGUCAACUCAACCCAUUUGUAUUGAUUGUCAAAACAAAAAUGGAGGAAAGAGAGAUCAGGGAGAGAGAGAGAGGAGGGAUUGAAGAGUUAAGCCAGUGAAUCCAAACUCUAGGUGCCCUUUUCUUGGUGCCGCAACCAAGAAAAAAAGAAGUCUGCUUAGUGGGCAUAUGCACCUGUGAGUACUCUUAAGGCAUCCACAUCUCAUUUUGGGUUAAAGGUGCUCUAUAUCUUCUCUUGCCCGAGGGGCAUAAAUAAAGUCAUAGCCCAAUAGUUACAUCCAAAGUUAUUCAAUUUUCUCUAACCUGAAUAUUUUUAAGCUAAAUAUUUCAAAUAUUACUAUAUAAUACAAUAUUAGCUAUGCCGUUGUAUCUAAAUUUUUUGAACUUGCCGUGUCGGAUGCUUUGAGAUACAUGGACACUUGACACCCGUGUCCUGGUAACAUUGCAUAAAUCCAAUUUGGUAUUUGAUCAUGUUCUUUUCUCAUCAAUUAAAAUUAUGUCGUCUGCAAAGAACAUAUGGCACAGUAUACUUCGUUCUUUUCUCAUCAUUUAAAAUUGUCAUCUAAAGAGGACAUAUGCCUUUCAGCAAAAAAAAAAAAAAAGAGAACAUAUGCCACAGUAUAUUUUCCUCUUGUUUGGUCCCCCCCCCUUCCCCCUCCCCUCCCCUCCCCUCUUCCCUUCUCUCUUCUUCUUUUCCUCACCCCACUCUUUGGCCUCUUCUUAUUCUCUCCUAUAGUCCUCACUUUUUCAUUUCUCGCAUUUCACACCUUUUAUCUUUAGUUUUCUUCUCUUCCCCGCACCAAUCUAGAUAGUCCACUUAUUUCUUUUUUUGCAGUUGGCUUGUACCUUUGCUUUGUGUCACCUCCUGCUCUUCCUGCCCCUAACUCCCAACAACCCUUGCUCCUUUGAGCGGUCUCAGGCGAGCUUAAGUCAAGCUUAUGCUUCUCUUGAAAGGUUGGAUCCAGGGAUCAGAUAGGGCUGUCUAGCUUGUCAUAGAGUCCUUGCUAAUAAACAGCGCCACUCUACAGCAGGAGAGUAUUAGUAGUGACAAUGCUAAGCAGCACUUCAUGCUGGGAUCCAUAUCACUGUUAGACUUGUAAAUUUCCUUCUAAAUAAUGUGUAGGGUUUUGUAGAAUUUUUCUACUUCACUAAUAUAUUGAUAUCAGUGAACGACGAUAUGUGGAAAACAGUAGGUUAAAGAAAUACCAUAUCUUUUGAGCAAAAGUUAUAGUUUUCUAAUAAACAUGGGACAAAGUUUUGGAGGAACAUCCUCCAAGUUCAGAUUGGAACAAUUUCGGGAUAAGAAAAAAAAAGAGAAAUGGAUCUAGUUUCUGAAUGGGCCUUGAUCUAACUCAAAAGUUCGUCGUACAACCUACGAAUGAAAAUCUUGAUGACUUGAAGAAAUGGAGUCUGAAGCUUUGACUCCUUAAUCAAGCAACUUGGCUACAAUAAAGUUUGUGAAAAUAUAGUGUUUAAUUGUUUGAUGUUUCUCCCGUAUUCACAUUUUUAAGGAUUCCAGGUGAUUUUGGAAGUCAACUUAAUCUUCCUAAAAUUUGAUUCGCUGGGAAGCACAUAAAGGAAGAAUAUGAGCACCUUACCCCUUAUUCAUUUCUUCCCCCGAUGCCCUUAUCCUUUCCACUCAGAAAGUCCUGAGGAGUCUAUCGUUGAAGACAAGCUCGUGCCGAUCUGUAUCCGUGGGCUCAACAUUGAGCUCCGCUAUGCACUGAUCCCGGCUGGGAUUACAUCGUUCACCCAACAACUCGAGCGAGCGUUAGAGUUAGAAUAGAUCGCGAGAGAGAAAGUUUUCCCUGAAUACCUAGGGGCGCGAGACAACUCUCUCUAAGGAACUCGGCAAAAUAGCCCCGUAACUUCGGGAGAAGGGGUGCCUC